AAUUUCAUCUGACUCAAGAGGGCAGAGGGGAGAAAGAUGUCGGAUGAAGAUGAUCUGGAUGACAUUGAGCCAGACCAGGAUGACCUGGAAAAAGAGGAUGAUGACAAGGAGACGGAGGAGUGGGAUGACUACAAAAAGGAGGGGGAGGAAGUUUCCGAGGAAUGGAUGCCCACACCCCUCACGGAGGCCAUGAUGAAGGAAGGGCUGUCUUUACUCUGCAAGACUGGCAAUGGACUGGCUCACGCUUAUAUUAAGCUGGAGGUUAAAGACAGGGACCUCACAGACAUCUACCUGUUGCGCUCCUACAUUCACCUUCGCUAUGUGGACAUUUCUGAGAAUCACCUUACAGACCUGUCGCCGCUCAACUCUCUCACCCACCUCCUGUGGCUCAAGGCUGAUGGGAACCAGUUUCGGAGUGCUCGGCUGAACGAACUGCCCUACCUGCAGAUUGCCAGUUUUUCCUACAACCAGAUCACGGACACUGAAGGCAUCUUUCAUCCCCGUCUAGGAAGCCUGGAUCUCAAAGGGAACCGCAUCCACCAAGUGACUGGACUGGAUCCCGAAAGACUGACUAGCCUGCACACCCUGGAACUUCGAGGGAACCAGAUAGAAAGCACUCUGGGACUCAACCUUCCUAAGCUGAAGAAUCUCUUCCUGGCUCAGAACAUGCUGAAGAAGAUCGAAGGCCUGGAGAACCUCAGCAACCUGACCACCUUGCAUCUCCGAGACAACCAGAUCGAGACUCUGGACGGCUUCUCCAAGGAGAUGAAGUCACUACAGUACCUGAACUUGAGGAGUAACAUGAUUAGUGACCUGGGGGAGCUGGCCAAACUGCGGGACCUGCCCAAGCUGCGAGCCUUGGUGUUGUUGGACAACCCGUGCGCAGAUGAGACCGACUACCGCCAGGAGGCCCUGGUGCAGAUGACACACCUGGAGCGUCUGGACAAAGAGUUCUUUGAGGAUGAGGACCGGGCUGAGGCGGAGGAGAUCCGCCAGAGGCUGAAGGAGGAACAGGAACAGGAACUGGAGGGAGAGCAUGACAUGGAGCCAUACUCGCCUCCAAGUUAGCCGCUCCUCCAGCCUACGCGGGCGGACGGACGGACGGACGGACGGACGGACGGACCGUUAGGGAGGGGGCGGGAAGGCAGCUAGCGGAGGCCAAAGGCUGAACGCACAGAAGAGGCCAGGAGAACCCUCAGCAGAGACCAGACUUGGGAGUUGGAGGUAUCUUAGGUAUAAAGGAAA